AUGUUGACGCCCAGUCUCAGCUCAGCUAGCUGCAAGGUCAGAAGAUCAGAAAGGCCUUUCUUGAUUGGACAAUUACUCUUUAAAGAUGAGCUAUCGACCAAUCAAAUGUCUCUUCUUAUUAUUAACGCGAGACUUAUCAAGGCGCUGAAUGUGAAAAACAAUCCAGACAAAAUGAAGUGCAUUAUCCCAGGAAACAAUGUCAAAGUUUUUGGACGAGCCGUUCAUUGUCUUUCCAAAGUUGGGGAAGAUCUGUAUAUGGAACCAUUGGAGACAGGUUUGGCAUUACGAGCAGUUAACUCUUCUCGGUCAGCUUAUUCCUGCUUCUUGUUCAGUCCAAGUUUCUUUCUUCGCUAUGAUGAUAGGAUAGAUACCCCAUCUCAAGCCUCUCAGGAUGCUGAAGAGACUACCAGAUGGAGAGUCACAAUGAAGUCCUGUUUAGCAGUCUUCAAAUCAUUGUCGAAUCUGGAGAAGAAUGUAGACAGAUGUAACAUUAAUCUUGAUGCUGAGGAUUGCCGGCUUGUCUUUCAGCUUCACUGCAGACAUGGUAUUGUGAAGACCUACAACUUAGUCUACCAAGAAACAGAGACCCUUCAAGCAGUCUUCUCUAAAGACCUCUGUCCAAACAGGAUUACUGCUCCAGCAAAAUUACUAGCAGAGGCAGUAGGAAGCUUCCAGUCAUCUCAAGAAGAAGUCACUAUGUUUGUCACCCCUACACAGCUUGGUUACAAGAACUAUGUUGAUGAUGAACCAGAUCCAACCAAAGUGGUACAUUCUGAAUUGCGUCUUGUACCUGAGGAGUUUACAGAGUAUCUCAUUGGAGUAGAUACAGAAGUCACAUUCUCUCUCAAAGACCUCAGGGCAAUCCUGUCUUUCUCUGAUGCUGCUGGCCUUCCACUGUCUAUUCACUUUGAAACACCAGGAAAACCCAUUGUAUUCAGUGUAGAGUCUGAGCAGACAUUAGAGGCUACAUUUGUUCUGGCUACCUUGACUGAAGUGUCCAGUAGUCAAGUGACCGGUGCCUCCCAGCAGGCCAGAGCGAGUCAAGCUGCUCCGGUCAAUCCUCAGCAGAGACACAAAAACAAAAAUAAUCCUAGGAAAAGUUCUACUGCUGGCCCAGUUUCUAGAAAGAAUCAAUCAAGCAAUAAUGGAGAUGGUAGGAGAAUGCCUAAUGGACACACAACAAGAGAUGAAUAUGAAGAUGACUUUCCUGAUGAUCUAAUGGCUGACUUAUUAAAUAGGAAUGAAAGGACAGUCAACCAAGCAAAUGAAAAUGUUGCUACAGGGCCUCCUGUUUCAUCCAGGCUAGACCCCACACCAUCCACUUCCAAGGACAAUGACGACACAGCUUUCACAUCCAGCCCUGUCAUCCCCUUUGACUCCGCCCUUAGUCACAGGUUUCAGAAGACGGUCAACGAUCAGAGUCACCAUGAUGACCGUCUCCAUCCACCAGAGUCAGCGGAGAAGGAGGGGCAUAAAAGUCCUAACAGGACUCUACUGGCUAACUUCAUGGAUGAUGACAGCAGGGAUAGUUUAGGUGAUGGUGGUGGGCCUUCUCUCAUCAGAGAUGAGGGAGGAGGAGGGGAUAGAAAUAGUGAUGCGGACCUUGAUGAUGACGACGAUGAUGAAUUCAACUUCAUCCCAGCCACUCCUCCAAGCAAAAAAUUUAAAUCUAUGUUCUUUGGUGCGUCACAGUCCCAACAAUCACAGAGCAGUACCCAGAGGAGUAGACCCCCUCCGUCUCAGCCCCAUCGGGGAGGGGCUGUAACAGUACUGGCAGAGGAUAGUGAUGAAGACUGAUAUGAGCUAUGUAUUAUACUGCAUCCUAGAGAAGUGCCAGGCUUGUUGUGCCUACAGUGGGCUGUGACAGUGAUUCAGAUUCCUUAGUCUGCCCAUCCUUGAGAGACAUUGAGGGUAGUUAUUGAGUGCCUGUAACAGUCAUCAAAAUGAGAUAUGAUAUUCAUCUUCAAAAUUCAAAUCUUAUGGGGCAGUGGAUAAUGAUAAAGUCUACUAUAGGUUUUUAUAUUUCACCCCAGCCUAGAUGAGAGAUGUUCCAUUCUUCUCACCCUAUAGGAAAUGGCUAGUGGAAGGUGAUACAGUUUUUAUUUUGUCUUCAUUUUGCCUUCAUCUCAAAGGGCAGUUUAUUCCCAUCCGAGAGAAUGGUCUUGCAUUACAGGCUAGGUAACAAGCCUGUAAUGUCAUCACCAUCACUUAGCCAUGGAGGCAUGCUAUAGACGCUAGCAAAGGAUAGGGAUAUUGGAUGAUAAUUCAAGCUUUGCUGUAAAUCCUUGUUCCAUGGGUGUGCUCACAUUCAUGGGGACAUGCAUUUCAAGGUAUGGAAGAAAAGUGAUAAUGGCUUUAUGAAGUGCUAGGACAUAUUCUUGAGUGUUAAAUCAGAUUCUUUAUAGUCAUUUAAAUUGAAACAUGAUCUUGAAUUCUAGUUGCAAACAAGCAUUUGAAUGUAAAGUUCAUUAUUUGUUAAAAUUUGAUUUUGGUUAGAAAAAUUCAUUCCUACUUUGUAAAAUACAUCCAGGAAAAUUUUGAGGAUCUGGUCUAGCCAGUCUAAUGUUCUAGACUGAUACAAAGUCAUGCCUACCUUGUAAACCACUUUAUGCUGUAGGAUGUAACAAUUCUGAAAUGUUUAAAUUUCUGUGAAUAAACAAAAUAGUCUUCCAUUUUCACAUAA